GGAAGUGUAUGUAUCGGUAACUAAGGAAAGCUGUAGUAUUGAAGUGAGUAAAUUUAAGCUUUCUGUGCGUGAAAGCAAAACGUCGAUUGUUUUUUUAAUUAAAAGCCAAGGGGAGGCAAACCGAGGUACCACCGAGAGGUUCAUGGCUCUGCCGACACUUUCGACCCGUGUGCCCAGUCGAUCUCGGGUCCUGGCCGACCAGCUGGCCCGGCAGCGGGAGCAGGAGGCCCGGUGGCGGCAGCAGUGGGAGCUGCAUGCUCAGUACUUCAGAGAGCAGAGCAUCCGCAGCCAGAAACAGACGGUGUGGAGCUCCCGUCAAUCCUACCAGCAGAGUAUGUCAGCAUACCAUAAAGACAGACUGAAGGAAGAAAAAAAAGCCCACUUGGAGCAGCGCAGGAAUCGACUCAGGGUAAUGCUGCAAGAGGAGCAAAACCAGCUGGAGGCAGAGCUCCGAGAGAUGGUCCCCGACAGGAGCACGUUGGCAAGUCAGUUGGUGCAAAAAAGUGAAGAGCUUCGCACGGCAAGAGAAGAGAGAAGAAAAAAACUUGCACAGGAGCUGUUGAGGGAGCACUGGAAGAGAAACAACCAAGAGCUGAGAAGGCUGGAGUCAGCAUUACAUAAAGAUCACGUUGUCAGCCAAUGGCAGGAGCAGAUAUCUGAGAAGAAACAGAAAGAAGUGGCGUACCAGGAGGAGACGAGGCGCUUUGAAAACGAGUAUGAGAGGACCAGAAGAGAAGCUCUGGAGAGGAUCAAACAAGUGGAGGAGAAAAGGAAAGAGGAGGAGCGUAAGAGAGGGGAGGAGCUACGCAAGCAGAUGGAAGAACUGAAGCUGAGAGAAGAAGAGGCCACUCGUCUAAAAAAGGAGCAAGAGGCUCUACUGGUGCAGCAGUGGGAGCUGGAGAAGAUAGAGGAGGACAGGAGGAAGGCGGAGGAACAGAGGAAGAAGUUUGAGAUCGGGCGUUUCUUGAUCCGUCAGUAUCGAGCUCAGCUGAGAAGAAGAGCCCAGCAAGUGCAGGAAGAACUGGAGGCCGACCGUAAGAUCCUGGCAGCCUUGCUUGAAGGAGAGGAGGAGGACAGGAGGUUGGAGACUGCAAGAAGGGAAAGAGCUGUCGCUGACGCCGCCUGGAUGAAACGUGUGAUUGAAGAGCAGCUGCAACUGGAGCGUGAGAGGGAAGCUGAGUUUGAAGUCUUACACAGGGAAGAAGCUCAGCGUGUCUGGGAGAAACGAGAAGUUCAGUGGGAGAAGGAGAGGAAAGCCAGAGAACGGCUCAUGCAUGAGGUGCUUGCGGGGAGACAGCAGCAGAUAGAGCUCAAAAUGCAGAAGAACCGUGAGGCUCAGGAGGAAUCUCUAAAGAGACGAGAAGAGCUUAUCAAGGAGCUUGAGUGGGAGAGGGAAUUCAGACGUGGGGAAAAGGAGCAAGAAGAGGGCCGAAGGACAGCACGGAGGCAAGAGAUAAAUGCUCAGGUGGAGCAGCAACAAGAAGAGCAGUGGGAGGAGCGGUGUAGGAAAGAACAGGAGGAAGAGGAAGAACGGGAAGCCCUUCGAAUCCAAGAAGAGGAGCUGAGGCUUGAGAUGCAGAGGAUCGCCAAGAAAGGGUACCAGGACAAGAUUCACAGCAGGCCACGAUCAGCCUGGACAUGAGAGACCUGCCAGACUGAAGUGAAGCCGAACAUGAGCUGUUGUAUUUUUUCUGUUAGGAAUUAGCCUUAAAGCAUAUUUCAUGCUUUUUAAACAACCCUAUGAAGACAUAAAGGCCAUUUGUCACUGUAAUUAUGUUGUUGGUCAACACUGAGCAUGAAGCAUUAUGUGUUGUCAAAUGACUUCAAUGUGACAGAUGCACGAAGAAACUAUCUGUCCAAAUUCAGGAUAAAAACAUCCAAUUUUAAAGUUAAAAUAAAAGCUGUCACCCAUUGCAGUCUUUGAACUCAUCCUGUUGACGCAGGCUUGCAGUGGAAUUUUGUACAUCUUUCACUUCUGUUGUACAUUAGUGUUUUUUAACAGCCAAAAGAAAACUUUGUCCUUUGAAAGGAUAAAAUGUUCAGGUAGGCCACAUGCGUCUCCUGUCAUGCCAUAUUGAUUAAAUUCAAUUUUCAUUUGUUGGACUCGAAUCAAUUUGUCUCUGCUCUUAGAGCUCUUGAAUGUCUAUAAAGUUUCUAUUCUGUGUGUAUUAAAGCUGUUGCAAUCAAAUCAUUUGAGCAUUUUGUAUUUACAAACCACAACCGGUUAUAGUUAUAAAUUAAGUUUAUUUAGAAAAUAAUUAUUUCCCCAAAAUGCGCCUUCUGCUGCAUCACGCAUCCCUGCACUCCAUGCAACCACAGAGAGGGACGUUACUUAGAACAGAUUUCAGAAGGAAAAUGAAAUCUGCAACACCUGGCGAUGAUGAACAUUGGCUAGCACAGUAUUACAGGAUCCCAUAUGUUGCACAUUACAUACAAAAACUAGCAGCAACAGAACGGAGCACAAUACACAUGGACAUACAUACAGUAUGGUUAUUAGCACUAAAUAUUAACACCAAGAGUGGCUGUAGUGUACAGUGCAAUGGGUAGCCUAUUAGAAACACACCAAAUAAUCCUAACUUGAUGCAACAACAUCUCGGUGCUGGUGAAGAUGAUAACUUGGCCCCUGAACAAGUGUUUCUUGCAUUCAUUGACUUGACAAAUGGGCACACAUAAAUAGCUGCAGUAAGUGCACUGCAGACUGGAUUACACUUGGGCAGGGAGCAUGUCAUAUAAAUAACUUUUUUUUUUCUCACUGUAACAAACAUUAUCCACAUUGCACUGAAACUGAAGUGUGCGUAAAGUCUUCAACUUAUGGAAGCUAACAAAACCAUACGCUCCUCUUUUUUCAUAUUAAAACUUUACAGUGUAGUGAUGCUUAAACAGUGCAAUAGAUUAGAGGAAGCUCCUUUUGCUACAAGAGUGUUUGUAAUAGCAUCCAAUGAUAACGAUUUCAUGGCUUAUUUAUGGUUUUUCAGCAUCCAUGCGUGGCUUUGGUUUGAUAACACUGACCAGUAUCAUAUCGAUUUACUGUGCUCUUUGUCCUAAUUCAAGACAUUAACUCUUUAAUGAUAUUUUUAUUUUUAAUUCUAAUUAUCAAAGUCAAAACAAGCUAUUUCCCCAGCAUGUUAGCUGGAAGGUCAUAUUUCCCCCCCCCCCAUCAGAAAAUGUGCUUCUACAAAAGCUGGCUAAGUUUACGACUUUUCCCUUGACGCCCAGACUUUGUCCAACUUUGUCUUUAAAUAUUGUCAAUGCUUAUUCAUAAAUAAUUAAAAAAACAAGGCAUGCA